AUGCCGUAUAAUCUGUUGAUAGGUAAUCUGAGCAAGUUGCCGACAAGUCUGGACUUAGUGGCAUUGAAUUACUUUGAGAGCCAUAUGUUGGAUGUACCAGGCUUGGCGUAUGAGAUUUGGUUGUCACCGAUACCCUGCAGCAAUGAAUUACUAAGUUGUUGCUGGCGUUGUGAUGUAGUGCCGAAAAAGUCUCACAACGUUCUGAGCGAGGAAGGGACAUAUUUUAGCAGCGUCAGAUUUAUUCUUGGUUGGAAUGGAAUAGCUACGAAUUUCCUUGAAAAUGCCUGUCCAUCAAAUAUUUAUUGUAGCAUUCUAGUUCCUUUAUGGAAGGCACCUUUAAUACAGUAUACACGUGCUAACUUGUUGCAGAAGUUAACCUCGGAGCACAUUCUGGACGUGAUAAAAGCAGCCGCGUUCAAUGGCUACCGUUUGAUCUUCAUUGCUGACAAACCUUUGGAGACGUUCUUGAUGUUCGCGGACGUCCUUCAUCAAGCUCUGCAACUCCUAAGGAACACGAACGUCCAGCGAGAUAAAAUCACACACAUGGUCGGUAAUGCACACACGGUAGGUAACGCCAGCCCCAUGGGCGGUAAUGCCAACCCCAUGGGCGGUAAUGCCAACCCCAUGGGCGGUAAUGCCAACCCCAUGGGCGGUAAUGCCAACCCCAUGGGCGGUAAUGCCAGCCCCAAACUUCUACUAGCAGGUCUGCCUGUUAUUCGGAGGAUCCUAGCCGUUAUGGAUACGUCCUUGGUGCUGUAUGAUAAGGGCGGGCUCGGCAACUUGGCGGACGCAAUUCAGCCCCAGACGCCACACUGCUUUCUCCGAUCAGGCUGUUUUGAGAUUGAAACCUGCAUGAGCAGCCUCAUGCACAAAAUGACCAACACGCACGUGCCCCUCCUGUUUCUUCUGACCGAAGCAUCCCGGGUUCGAAGCAUCAUGGCGUCCAUCCCAAAACCGGGAACGGACGUCUCUGGCUCCGCGGAUCCGUCGAUUGCGGAGACCACUUCAAUGGAGACCACUUCAAUGGAGACCACUUCAAUGGAUACCGCUUCAAUGGAUACCACUUCGAUGCAGCCAAACUCACAAAAGCCGAAACUAAAGAAGUGGCCACUGCCGCUCGUCCAGGUUUCCGACAUCACUACCUUCUCUGACAGCCAGCUGACGGAGUUGUUCACGGAGUGUGCGGACUUUAAAACCAUAAUCGUUGAUUUCCAGGAGGCCGGCCGAAUGGGCGGUCGGCGAGAGUACCCUGCAUUCAGCGAGAUUGCCGUGCACGAAGUCGUAUACGAGCGGGGGUUCCCUGAAAACCUACCACCGCACAUUAGCUUGCAAAUGCUGCGGAACGAGCCCACCUCCUUUGGUGAACGGCACUUCGAUGAUGCCGUCUACAAUGCCGCCUUACAUGUCCCCAUGGACGACCAUGUUCUACACGUCUCGUCCUCCCUGGACCACUUUGAACCCGUUCGAGACCAAGAACUAAAGGAAUUUAUUCAGUCAGCCUUAGCCACCCCCGAUGACCCAACAAUCAGCCCUGCAACUAGCAUUGCAGUUGCCAAGUCCGAAAAGGGUUUGAGGCCCAGCCUGAAAAUGUCCUUGUUCAACUUCUUCGACACCACCAACUUCUUGGCCAACAGGACCUCAGACAGCGCUGCAGAUUAA